UUACCCGAGCAUGUAGCAUGUACUGGGGAAAUGAAACGUGCAAAGGAAGGGUAGGUGCGCAAACCUGAAGGGAGGAAGCCACUUAGGAAAUAUAUUCAUAAUUUGAAGGAUAGUAUUAAACUGGAUCUUAAAGGAACAGAGUGACGAGUGGAAUCAGCUGGCUUGGAACGUCCAAAAUCUGAGGUAGCCUGCCGCCAUGAAGAGGGUGAUCCUGGCCCUCGCGUGGGUCGCAAUGGCCGCGUCUUACCGGACGGACAACCCGAUCACCGAGCCUCCAAGCAUUGUACUCGCCGCACCCGAUGACGUGGACAAUAUGGCCGCUCUGGGCAGCGACUGUGAGCCCGAGAAGAGCAUCAAGGGGGCCGAAGAACAGGGUCAACCCCCAUCUGACCGUCGGCAAUGUUCGAGCGGGGAGGCGAACAGCGUAGAUUCCGCUCCAGAACGAUACACCCUGGGAGAGACAGGGCGAGGAGGAAGGGCGACUGAUAACUACAUUCGGUUCGGACGAGGUGGAAAGCAGGACAACUUCAUUCGUUUCGGUCGAGACAGGUCUGACAACUUCAUACGAUUUGGAAGAGGAAGAACAGACAAUUUCAUAAGGUUCGGACGUGGCAGACAGGAUAAUUUCAUCCGCUUUGGGCGAAAUAAACAAGGCAAUUUCUUUCGUUUCGGAAGGGACAUGAGAGAGGGCAACGACCGCGACGAAACAGACGCAAACUCCAAAGACGAAUUAUCCACCAGUAAUAAUGUGAGGUUUGGGCGGGGCGGUAAGUCAGACAGUAAUUUUAUACGCCUUGGUAGGGCUCGACCUAACAGCGGUUUCAUUCGAUUAGGCCGUAGAAAUGACGAGCUCUCACAGCCUGGAGAAAUUCGCCGAUCUAACAGUAAUUUCGUGAGGUUCGGCCGUCAGACAAAUGAAGACAAGUUCGAAAGACUGAGCAGAUCAUCAGGAAGCAGCGAUCUGAGGCGAGGCAAACUGACAGACCGAAAUUUCAUCCGGCUAGGAAGAUCUGGACCGCUGUACAAUGAUGUUACAGAAGGAGAAAGCAAUGAGAAGUAUGAAGAAAGGUUAGGCCGAUUGGACAAACGUGGCAAGACUCAAAACUUCGUACGUUUUGGUAAAAGGUCUGACGAAGACGAGCAACUGGUACGUUUUGGACGAGACGUUACACACAUGGGGGGCUCCGCUUCAGGUGGCAAUGGAAACAAUACUACCAAACAUAUUCGGAGCAGGAGAUCCGUGACGUUUCCUGCCGAAGACGAAACGUCAGAAGACUCUUCUGAUUAUCCCGUCGUACUUUCGAAUAACGCAUAUGAUGAUAAGAUAUCAUCGACCCUUGAUGAUUCUCAGAUACCGUUCAGGUACUAUUCCCCUCUAGCGUCUGGUCUACCAAAUUACAUUCUGAGUCCAGAGCUCUCGGUUCUGGCUCCCUUGACUAACGGAGGAGAGACAAAGAGAGUAAAGGGGGAUGAACACAGCAGAAAUUAUAUCCGACUGGGUUAGACACAGCAAGAUUACCGCAUGACUCACGUCAUACAUGAGAUUGCUGAACAGUGUAAAAUCAUUGAAUAAAACAAAGCAAAAAAUAAAAUAAUUUAUUUUUAAAAUUGUAUAGUAUUUUGUUGCUUGUUUAACAUCAGUGGCAAAAAAAAAUUAGGAAUAAUUCUGUCUUCGAAUUGGCUGUCAUGACUUAAUCCUAUGAACACUUCUGAAGCACAAGUUUAGUCUACUUGGCUAAACGCUGCAAUCACCAACACAACGUGCGUGCUGCAGAACGGGUUUGCAUAACUUCCGGACUCAAGGCGUCACGGAGCCCCUAUAAUUUGUCUUCCUGUUACACUACUAGUCUCACACGAAGCGACACUUAUUUUUUCGGAAUUCCUGGGUUUGUGGGCCCUGUCCACCUUCCGGAAUUCUGAAACUACACUUAUUCGUAUAUCGUACUUUUAGACGGUACGUCUGCGGCCGAAUACGUUACUAGUUGGUGACUUGCACUGGCAAGGAACUUAAAACUUUUGAAGUUGCCACUAACAUGUUUAAAAUCUUUCACUAAUUUAAAUCUUACAUUUUAUGAGUUUGUGAUGUUUCUUCUUGCGGCCAUGUAAAGGAUAACUGCUUCAAUACAUGUCAAAUAAAAUUGUGUACGCACUAGAA